CAUCUGGAUGAUGACGAGGCAAAAUCACAGACAGGAGAGCAGCCAGAAAGCUGGAGGGUCCUUGAACAUCUGACCAUACUGGAAGUGGAUGAGGCAGCCAAUCAGAGCAGCCCUCUGGGCUAUAAAAAUCUCACAAUGCCAUUCGGCUGCAGACAACAGACGAGAAGAAGAACAGACUGCAAGAAGAAGCACAAAAAUGGAGAUGCCUCAGACUCUCAUCCUCCUUUUGACCGUUUUGGUCCACGCCGGAACCGGUUUCCCCACCGACAGAGGAAGCCGGGGCAAGCACGCCUCCUGGGACGACGUGAACGUGGUGGCCCACGGCCUCCUGCAGCUCGGCCAGGGGCUGAAGGAGCAUGUGGACAAGACCAAAGCCCAGAUGAGAGACGUGACCGGCAAGCUGAAAGCCUUCAACGGCACGGUGGCCGAGCUGGAGAGGAGGCAGCAGGAGCAGGGCGAGGCGCUGAAGGCCAGAAUCCAGGAGGUGGAGGGGAGGGACAGGCUGCUGGGACGGCUGGCUGAGGAGGUGGAGGUGAAAGUGGGGGAGGUGAAGCAGCAGACGGUAGACAUCACCUCCAGGAUGGAUAGACUGGAGGAGGUGCUGAAAGAGCCCACGCUGGACAGCAACGACAGCGAUCACUCUGGAGCUUCAUUCAUCCAGAGGUUGAUGGCAGCUCAGGAUAAACGUAUCGACCAGCUGGUGGAGAAAAUCAAGCAGCAACAAGACAAGCUGGAGAAGCAGAGUCUGCACCUACAAGCCCUGCAGAGCAAGGUUGCACACAAGAGAGUGAAAUCUCACAGACGGAGAGACGAACAGAUGGUGCUAAGUGAGGUGGCACAGCACAACAGAGCUGAAGCAGAUGCUGCAGCGUUGAGGCCCGGGAUGCUCCGCAGACACGCCAGAAGACAGGCGGCGCUCUGGACGAGCUCACAGAGCAGCUCCUCAAGGACUUCUGGGAGUGAAAAAAACACGUCGACCUGAAGAGAGUGAUGCUCUCUCACUUUGGAUGCUGAACUACUGAAGGACUUAACGCAGGAGCUGGAACUCGCACAUUACUGACUGAUGCACUGACCAAGCCUGGAAGCAAUGCAUAUGAGAAAUUCACGUCUCAGUGGACAUAUUCAGUCACAUUGACUCUGACAUUCUUCCCUUUAUGAGGGACUUUAUUAUGUAUUUACCUUAAGUAUUUUUUUGUAUUUUAAACUUUUUAUUUGAAUGUUGAAGCGUUUUUGUACUUUGUGGAUGAAUAAACAUUACAGAUUGUAAAGUAAA